UCACUCUGCCCUCCCCUUUUCCAAACCUUUCCAAAUUCCCCCAAAAAAAAAAACAAAAAAAAUAAAAAACCCCAAAAAACAAUAACCUAACUCGGUUUCUUCGCCGCCGUCAGUCUCCCUACGCCACCGCUUCCGUUCCGAUAUCCGGCGGCCCUAUCCUUACCCUAGUCAACCCUACUACCCUAUCCAAAAUCCAAAAAACAGAAAAUUAUUACAGAGAAUCAGUCUUGAAUUGUUAGGGUUAUUAGUUAUUAUUUCAUUUAAAUUUUUUGAUCUGAGGUGAUGGCGCAGAUUCAGGUGCAACACCAGAGCGCGGUUUCGGCUCCACCGCAGAACGGCGUCGCAGCCGCUCCUUCGCCGCCACUGCCGGCGGGUGCUGCGAAUGGGACGAACCAGUUUGUUACGACGUCGUUGUACGUCGGGGAUCUGGACCCUGAGGUUGACGAGAGGCACCUCUACGAUUUGUUCAACCAGGUCGGGCAAGUGGUUUCGGUUCGUGUCUGCAGUGAUUUGACCACUCGGCGAUCGCUCGGUUACGGUUACGUUAAUUACAGUAACCCUCAGGAUGCUGCACGAGCAAUAGAUGUACUGAAUUUCACUCCACUGAACAACAAGCCCAUUAGGAUAAUGUAUUCUCAUCGGGAUCCUAGCAUUCGCAAGAGUGGGACUGCAAACAUUUUUAUCAAGAAUUUGGAUAAGUCAAUUGAUCACAAAGCUUUACAUGAUACUUUUUCUUCUUUUGGACAUAUUCUUUCUUGCAAAAUAGCGACUGAUGCUUCUGGCCAGUCAAAAGGCUAUGGUUUUGUUCAAUUCGACACCGAGGAGUCUGCACAGAAUGCAAUCGAUAAGUUAAAUGGCAUGCUGAUCAAUGAUAAGCAGGUCUACGUGGGUCAUUUCUUACGUAAGCAAGAUAGAGAUAAUGCUUUGGGUAAGACGACAUUCAAUAAUGUGUAUGUGAAAAACCUGUCUGAGUCGGUGACAGAUGAUGACUUGAAGAAAAUUUUUGGAGAGUAUGGGACGAUCACUAGUGCUGUAGUAAUGAGAGACGCAGAUGGUAGAUCAAAGUGUUUUGGGUUUGUUAAUUUUGAAAACCCAGAAGAUGCUGCCAAAGCUGUUGAGUCACUCAAUGGAAAGAAAAUUGAUGACAAGGAGUGGUAUGUUGGAAAAGCCCAGAAAAAAUCUGAGCGAGAGAAUGAGCUGAGAAGACGGUUUGAGCAAACUGUUAAAGAAUCUGUUGAUAAAUACCAAGGUGUGAACUUGUAUCUCAAGAACUUGGAUGAUACCAUCAAUGAUGAAAAGCUAAGAGAACUCUUCUCUGAGUUUGGUUCAAUAACCUCUUGCAAGGUUAUGCGCGAUCCAAAUGGAAUCAGUAGAGGAUCAGGAUUUGUUGCAUUUUCAACUCCUGAGGAAGCAUCUCGAGCUCUUACGGAGAUGAAUGGUAAAAUGAUUGCUGGGAAGCCUCUGUACGUUGCCCUUGCUCAGAGAAAGGAAGAGAGAAGAGCUAGGUUACAGGCACAAUUUUCACAAAUGAGGCCUGUUGCGAUGACACCUUCUGUUGCACCACGGAUGCCACUUUAUCCUCCUGGUGCUCCUGGUUUAGGGCAGCAAUUUAUGUACGGGCAAGGACCCCCAGCCAUGAUUCCCCCACAGGCUGGAUUUGGCUACCAGCAGCAACUUGUUCCUGGGAUGAGGCCCGGUGGUGCUCCAAUGCCUAGCUUCUUUGUUCCAAUGGUUCAGCAGGGUCAGCGCCCAGGUGGACGACGAGGAGCUGGUCCUGUGCAACAACCUCAGCAGACAGUGCCAAUGAUGCAGCAACAGUUGCUUCCAAGGGGACGCUAUAUGCGUUACCCUCCUGGGGGUCGCAAUAUGCAAGAUGUUCCACUUCCAGGGGUUGCUGGAGGAAUGUUGUCAGUCCCCUAUGACAUAGGUGGUCUUCCAAUCCGCGAUGGUGUAGGGCAGCCAGUUGGAAUUCAGGCCUUGGCUACUGCUCUUGCAAAUGCUCCUCCCGAACAGCAGAGGACUAUGCUUGGUGAAGCUUUGUACCCGCUAGUGGACCAGCUGGAGCAUGAUGCAGCUGCUAAAGUUACAGGCAUGCUAUUGGAGAUGGAUCAGCCAGAGGUAUUGCACCUGAUUGAAUCACCAGAUGCUCUAAAGGCGAAAGUUGCCGAAGCAAUGGAUGUGUUGAGAAAUGUUUCUCAACAAGCCAACACCCCUGCCGAUCAACUAGCCUCACUCUCCUUGAAUGAGAAUCUUGUCUCUUAGAUUUUGUUAAUCCAGUUUACUUUAGGCAAUAAACCCUACACUGGUCAUCACUAUCUGCUUUUGUUCCAGUUUUAAGGUCUUAGAUUGGUGAUUUCGGUCAGUACUAAGGAAGCUUUUCAUGUUCUUUGCAGUUUUUUGUCUCUGGUUUGUUUCUAGGAUUAGCAAAACUUGCUGGAUUAUUUAGUUUUGUUGUCUUGUUUGUGGAUUUAUAUUUAUAUCAGUUGUACUGGAUUGUUUUAAA